CUGAUUUAGAUUGUCUUACGUGUUCUUUCGGCCCAUCAUAUCAUUCUAGUUUUCUUUGCGUACGUAGUCAAAAGUUUGUUGGUUUCAGAACCGAUAAGAGGGGCGUCUGAUAAGAGGCCGGCCACCAUUCACUUGUGCAAGUGGUACAGUCGGACCUCGAAGGAAACCAUAUCUCUUUUCUAUAGAGAACAGUGGGAAUAUGGUGUUAUGAGACUUGCAUAGUUAAAAUUUUCUUUUUUCGGUUAGAAAAAGUCUACUUAGUGGUAAACCCUGGUAUAGUUUUAUACGAGGAAGCAAUACUGUAAAUACCCCAAGAAAUACACCUGCCUACAGCUUAGACUUGUGUUGGUGGAUCUCUGCAGGCCGUUUCUAUAUAAGCCAAGUCCGGCACUGAUUAGCGAGUGGCUCUACCUUAUCGCAGCACACCCAAUACAUGUAGCUAUACUCAGGCGCACUCCGCUCUCCACCAUGCCAACUUCUUUGGACUCCCUGUUACCUUUGGAAAUAUAUGCUGACGAAGGCAGGUCCGGGGCAAAGCGAAAAGCGCAGAGAAAACAGCUACUAGUAGCGACCGGGCAUAUCUCAGAAUAAUGAAAUAUAAGCAACUGAUUACACACGAGUGUCAGUUUAUUUUCGUAUUGAUUUUAAUAUGAUUUUUUAGAGAGCGCUCAGUCCUCCCGAGCAGCAGAAGGCCGGAGCACACGCCAACCGCUAAAGGCGAGCCCACAGACAGACAGCACCGUAAAUCAGAGCCCAUCCGAGAAAGAGAGCGAUUAGACCAUGGCUGAGGAUCCGAUAAACCAGCAGGCAUUCGCCGACGACGUGGCAGCUGCUGCUGCGGCCGGAGGACCGGCAGGCUUUGCUGGCGCUCAGCCUGGCAGUCCGGACUUCAAGAUGCCAAGUGCGGAUGAGAUCUGGAAGAUGGUCGAGAGCAUGGAGGGCAUUUCGGACGAGGAGCGCGCUGAGCUGCGUGAUAGCAUCUACAACCCAAAGCCGCCAUCGCCGGAGGACUUUAUGCGCCAGUACGGACAUCCUGGCCACAGUUCGCGGGAAUAUAUAUUCUUCUUCGUGAUGCUGGCCCUUAUACUGCUCGUCUUUGCUCUCUUUGGCUACAAGCUCUACAAGUCGCUGACGGAAAAGGAGUUGAAGAAACAGGAGAAGCUCAAGAGCAAGCAGCAGAAGAAGGCCAAGAAGUCCAACUGAGCGAGGAGGAGGAGAGUCCCUUAAGUAGCAACCUUCCAACUGUUGUUAAUCAAUACAAUCACCGCCCCUGUAAAUGACUAAAUUAUGAGUUCAGUAAAACGUAAUGAAAUAAACAGUACCCCGUAAUAAUAA